AAUAUAAUAAGCCACGAGGUGACAAAAAGGAAGUAGAAAAAAAGGGUGUGGCCAACCAACGGUUUGCUUUUACAACAUUAGGAAGUUGAACGCUGAGACCUAAGACUGAUGCAUAACAUUUUCAGCAUGGCAACUAAGAGAGUUUGUGCAGGAAGUGCAAUAUUACUGGUCCUCUUCUCCUUCAGAGCAUAUGCUGGUGGAAAUGAUUCAUUCACGCCGAAUGUUCAGUAUUCUUCACCACCUUCAGUCACCACAAGGCCGAAUUUAAAUGAAACAGAAGAGUCAAUGACCAAUGUCAGUGUCGAAACAACACAAGAAAUGACAACUGACUUGAGCAACCAUGAAAGCGAGUUCAAUGGUAGUCUGGAAACAACACAAGAGAUGACAACUGACUUGGACAACCAUGAAAACAAGAUCAAUGGCAGUAUGAAUACAACACAAGCUCCGCUGACCAACAAGUCUAAGAUGACCAGCCUCGAUUCAAAACACCACAAUUCUAACAAACCUAAUUUAACGGACAGUGAAUGGGAAAAACAUGAUGAGUCCUUCAAAUAUGACUAUACCUCUUUAAGGCAGGCAGGGCUGACUAUAGCUGCUGUGCUUUUCCUGUUGGGGAUCAUGGUGAUUUCAUGUGGCAAAAUCAGAUGUAGCCGCCGUUGUCAAAUGAGCAAAGGAAGAUCAUAUGACUUGACCAGAAUGUAAAUCAGACCAAAAAAGCCAAGCAGCAGAAUGGAACACCCAUCCAGUCAGACCUGUGUGUGUGUGUUUGUGUGUGUUUGCGUGUGUGUGUGUGUGUGUGUGUGUGUGUGUGUGUGUGUGCAUACCUGUAUGUGUGUGGGUGUGUUUUUUUUUUUUUUUUUUUAUAAUAAUAAUGAUAAUAAUAAUAUGAUACGAUGGAGAGGUUUUCCCCAGUGCUCAAGCUUUUCCGUGUGUACCUAUGCAUAUAUUUGUAUAUUUGCACAAAGUAAACACGACCUCCUUGUUUGUAACAAAAGAAGUGGAGAGGAAUAAGGACAUGUCCUGUCCUGUCAUGCUGUACCAAAGGGCAUCUCCCUUCCAGACAAACCACACACACCUCUGACUAACACAUCUGACACACAUCUCUAAAUGUCUGACUCUGACUGCUCCCUGUUUUCACACUUUUUUUUACACUGCUCCAUGACUGUGUUGCCUUCCAUAACACACUGACUUUAUUUCAUUUAAUAGAAUGGAGAGAUAGGAAUGGGUAAAAGGGGGCUAUUGUAGCUCAAAAGUGCCAUCAAGAGGCCUAAAAUCAGUUUGAGCACAAAACCAACAAUUUUGAAGUGUAGAAGAAGGAAAUAAAGCUAUUUUCUAUGGAUGAGGUCAUAA